UCCAUGCUUCUCUUUGCCUUUCUUCAUGACCUAGAUUAUUUGGAUACAAAUCACGGAAUUAAAGCCGACGGCACCACUUAAUGACAGAAAUCGGCCACCAGGCUCAACAGCAGCAGUAUAUACGAACCUUGGAGCUCAUGCAUCACACAUGAACCAUGUGACGCCAACUUAAGGCUCUGUUUGGAACUUGUGGAAAGAAGUGGAAACGAAGAGAACAUUUUGAAAAAACCUGUUCCCUUGUUUGGUUCUUAAAGAAAGAGAGGAGAAAAUCUAAAAAGCAAAUGCGACUUUCCUCCUAAUUUCUAUCUAACUUUCCCCCUCAUUUCUGUCUUAAUUAUUCUCUUCUUUCCCAUUUCUUCCUCAAGUUACAAGCAGAGCCUAAGAUUGUGAACCUAGAUCGCAAAUGAAAUUCGACUGGUGAAUUUGCAGCCGCUGUCUUAGGGUUCUGUUAACAUGUUUAGUAGUGCGGCUAGCACCCUUUUUUUUAUCGUAAAUUUGGCAGCCUGCCAAACAAGUACGACUGCUUGGAUUUCAUAAGCAUCAUUAUUGUUAGAAUGAAAUGGACUUCUUUUCUUGAGGUUUCUGUUGCAGAAAAUUAUUCUCAGAGGAGAAUAUUACUGCUUGUGCUGGCAGUAAGAAUAUUAUUGCAGACUAGGUGAGAGGAGCUGUGCUGUUUUUUCUUUUUUCUUUUUGGGUGGGAAGAGCUAAGCUGUCUGCAUACUUCACGUCUAAACUCAUCUUUAUGUUUCUAUUCGAGAACAUUCUUUACCAUCAUAGAGCAUAUGUGCAUGGAAUUUUUCUUUUUAGAAAGAAAAAGGGUACUUGUAUGGAGAUAUUCUUGCUUUCUAGAUCCAAUUCUCUUCCUUUCAAUUAAUUCCGUCUAUAGUGGAACCCCGAAUUUCCUUUCUGGAAACUUUUUCCAGGGGAAUAGAACCAUUCAUGCACCUUACUUCUUGUUGAUAAAUUAUUCGUGCACGCUCUCUGGCAACAUCCGUCUCUCACGUUUAUUCUGCACCUUUCUUUCUCUUUCUUCGACUACUAUUCAGACAAGGCACUACCUGGUUUGCUGUUGAAUAACCACUUGCUCACCACAUGUAUCCUCUUUCACAGAGUAUGGAGAAUUAUGGAAAGAAUACCAUGUCAGUUGGGCCUUGGGGUGGCGCAGAUGGAUUUCGUUGGGAUGAUGGGGUGUACUCAGGAAUAAGGCAGUUGGUCAUUGCUCAUGGAGCUGGAAUUGACUCCAUUCAUAUUGAGUAUGAUGACAGAGGGAUCUCAGUGUGGUCAGACAAGCAUGGUGGUAGUGGAGGUCUUAAAACUGACAAGGUCAAGCUUGGGUACCCAGAUGAGUUUCUAACUUCAAUCCAAGGAUACUAUGGUAGCAUAAACGAAUGGGGGCCACUUUAUGUCCGGUCACUUACUUUUGAAAGUAACAAAAGAACAUAUGGACCAUAUGGCAUUGAACAAGGGACAUAUUUCUCAUUUCCAAUGGUUGGGGGCAAGAUUGUUGGAUUCCAUGGCAAGUGUGGGUGGUAUCUAGAUGCAAUUGGAGCAUAUCUUGAGCCUAUUGGCCACAAACCAAACCCAUUGAAGUCUUUGGUUCAGUCUCAUUACUUCGCUAAUGGGACUGAGAAAUAUAGUUACUCGGUUGUGCAGGGAAAUCUUGGCAAUAGCUAUGAUAUAGUUCUUGGUUUUAGACAGAGGGACACAUACAACUGUCAUUCACCAGAUGAUCUCUCAAGGCAGACUUCCAGUUCACGAGAGUUCAGUGAUACAGAAUCAAAGAUGCUUAGUGUACCUAACUCUAUUGAGAGAUUCUCUUCGAAAGCUGAAAACGGCCUUGUAUCAUAUGGGGCCUGGGGUGGUACUGGUGGCACUGAGUUUGAUGAUGGAGUCUAUACAGGUGUUAGACAGAUUCACGUAUCACGUAAUGUGGGUAUUGUUUCCAUAAAAGUUUUGUAUGAACAAAAUGGUGACGCUAUAUGGGGAAGCAAAAAUGGAGGGACUGGUGGAUUUAAAUCUGAUAAGAUAAUCUUUGAUUAUCCCUUCGAAAUCUUGAUGCAUCUAACAGGCUUCUAUGGACCUGCCAUGAUUAUGGGGCCAACUGUUAUUAAGUCUCUCACUUUCCAUACUAGCAAGACAAAAUAUGGACCAUUUGGGGAAGAACAAUGCCAGCAAUUUACCACCAACUUGAAAGAAGGGAAGAUUGUUGGAUUCCAUGGGAGGAAAGGCAUGUUUCUUGAUGCUAUUGGUGUUCAUGUGGUAGAAGGGAAAGUGAUGCCACCAACACGCCCACCAUCCAAUUCCUCCAAUCAGGGUGACAUAGUAACCCCACCAAUUCGUCCUCCAUUCAAUUCAUCGGGUCAAGAUGAAGUGUUCGCUACAAAGGUUGAAAAGCCGCACUGGACUAAUAAACUAGCACUAGCAAGGCGAGGACCAACAGAUGAGUUUGAAAACAGAGUAGUAAAAGAACCAGCUCCAUGUGAGACAGGACCAUGGGGUGGCGAUGGAGGGAGGCCAUGGGAUGAUGGUGUGUUCUCGGGGAUCAAGCAAAUAUACUUGACAAGAAAGGAAGCCAUUUGCUCGAUACAGAUCGAGUAUGAUCGAAAUGGACAAUCUGUUUGGUCAACAAAACACGGAGGUGAUGGUGGCGCUACUCCAAUCGUGUUAAAGUUAGAUCACCCCCAUGAAGUGCUUACUUGCAUAAGUGGAUUCUAUGGUCCUAUCAAUGGAAAUCAUCGAGCAAGAGUAGUAAAGUCUUUGACAUUUACUACAAGUAGAAGGAAAUGCGGUCCCUAUGGGGAGGAGAUAGGAACAUUCUUCACUUCUAUUACGACGGAGGGGAAGGUGGUCGGCUUCCAUGGGAGGAGUGGCAUGUACUUGGAUGCCAUUGGAGUCCACAUGCAGCACUGGUUAGGUGAUCAGAAGCCAUCGAAGUCUUCCUACCUCAGGAAAAUCUUCCAGUAAUCGAUGUUUCAGCUAAAAUAAGAAGAUGAUAUAUUUUUGUGUUCAGGAAUCAUAGAUAUAUCUUCCUGUGUUUGUAUUGACUGCAGUAUCCAGGGACCGGAGUAUACAUCAUUUGUAAAACUCAAACUCAGUAUGAUGUCCUUACUUCGAAAGGUGGAUUGAUUAGGCGAGGCGACUGUCGAUAUCUGGAUCAAUUUGUUUGA